AUGGAGCUGUCCCCGCCUCCCUCCGGCCUGGAGGCAGAAUAUGCUGCACUCUUCACCACUGACUGUCUCCACUUCCUGCACGACCUGAUCUCCACAUUCGACGAGGAGGUGGAUCAGAUCCUUCAGCUGAGAGUGUCCAGAAAGGCCCACUUGGACCUUUCGGGCGAACUGCCGAACUUCCUGGAAAGCACUGCGCAUAUCAGGACCGAUCCAGGCUGGAAGGUGCUUCCCGUCCCCGUCAGGCUCCAAAAGAGGCAUGUGGAUAUUGGGGAUAUGGCCCCCUGUGACACUCAGCGCUUCAUCAGAGCUCUACAGUCACCGGCGCAGGGCAUACAGGUCGACUUCGAUGACGGGAACUGCCCCACAUUUUACAACCAGAUCAAAGGCAUUCAUAACGUCACGCGGGCAGCGAACAACCAGUUCCCGGGCGUUCCCCGUGUAUCCGAGGCUCCGGUGCUGAUGCUGCGUCCCCGUGCGUGGAACAUGGUGGAGCACAACAUGAUGGUGGAGGGGAAGGUGGCUCCUGGACCUCUCUUUGACUUCGGACUUCUCAUGUUUCACUGUGGGCAGACAUUGUUCCAGCAAAAGAGUGGACCUUUUUUCUACCUGUCAAAAGUGGAGAGCUUCACAGAAGCCAGGCUUUGGAACAAGAUAUUUGUCUGGACACAGCAGAAGCUGGGCCUUCCUCUGGGGAGCAUCAAGGCAACGGUGCUGAUUGAGAACGUGCUGGCCGCGUUUGAGAUGGAGGAGAUCCUCUACGAGCUGCGGGAACACUCGGCAGGGCUCAACUGCGGCCUCUGGGAUUACUCUGCGUCUUUUGUCAACAAGUUUGGUCACCGCCGGGCCUUCCUGCUCCCCGACCGCAGCAAAUACGUCAACAUGGAGAAGCGCUUCCUGCACAGCUACAUGGACCUGCUGGUCCAGACGUGCCAUCGGCGGGGGGCGCUGGCCACGGGGGGCAUGGCCGCUCUGCUGCUGCCUCAGGGAAGGCACUCGGACUCCCACGGGAGAGUGCUGGCCUCCGUGAAAAGGCUGAAGAUGCUGGAAAUCCAGGCAGGUGUCGAUGGCUUCAUGGUGUACGACCUGAAUCUGGUCCAGCCCAUGCAGGAGGUAAAGUCCGAGCGCUUCGUCCUCCAUCUUACCGCAACCCACACUGAAGCCGAUAACCAGCUUCACCAGCUUCGAGAGGACGUGUCGGUGACUCCUGAGGACCUGCUGUCCAUGCCCUCGGGAGGAGUCACCCUCUAUGGUUUGAAGUACAACAUCGCAGUAGGUGUCCUCUUUAUCGACGCUUGGCUCUCAGGGAAAGGCCACUUCUUCUUCAGGGGACAGGUUGAAGAUUCAGCCACGGCAGAGAUCUCCAGAUCCCAGGUGUGGCAGUGGAUCCGCCACCAGGCCCGGCUGGAGGACGACAACAGGGUGGUGAGCAGGCGGCUGGUGACCGACCUGGCCAAGGAGCUCACCACGGAGCUGUGUGCCCGCCUUCCCUCAGCGAGGGCCCGGCAGAGGCUACACACAGCAGCCCACGCGUUCCUGGAGGUGGUCCUGAGGAGACACUUCCCCGAGUUCAUCACCUCCCACCUCUACCAGCACCACGCCUUCCUCAUCUCCCAGGAGACCAGGCAGGGGGCGGCUCCGGACGGGGACAGGCAGCCGGCCAAGCUGUAG